GGGCAAAAUGGCGACGGUCUUAGCGCGAGGGCGCCGGGAGCUUCUGCGUCGCCUGUGGCUGCAGCGUCCGUUCCACAGCGUGGCGCGGUCCCGGAAACCUCCCACCGCCGAGCUCCUGGUGGCCGCCCGCCCGGGCUGUGAGCACGCACACCACGUUCUCCUCCCAGCCUUAGGGCCUCGCAGCCUUAGUACUUCUGCCAUCUCCUUUGCAGAAGCUCAGGUCCAUGCACCUCCUAUUGUGCCUGCCACUCCGUUACCCACCACUGUAUGUGAAGUGGCCUCAGGAGAAAGUGCAGACUUAGUCCAAGCUGCUGCAGAACAGACCUUCACUGAACUGGGGCUUGGCUCAUACACCCCUGUGGGACUGAUCCAGAACCUCCUGGAAUUUAUGCAUGUUGACCUGGGCCUUCCUUGGUGGGGGGCCAUUGCUACAUGUACUGUCCUUGCACGCUGCCUGGUUUUUCCUCUUAUUGUGAAGGGCCAGCGAGAGGCAGCUAAGAUCCACAACCACAUGCCAGAGAUUCAGAAGUUUUCUGCUCGAAUCAGGGAGGCCAAGUUGGCAGGAGACCAGACUGAGUUUUACAGGGCUACUUCAGAGAUGUCACUUUACCAGAAAAAGCAUGAUAUUAAGUUCCUUAGACCUCUCAUUCUACCUCUGACUCAGGCUCCAAUCUUCAUCUCAUUCUUCAUUGCCUUGAGAGAGAUGGCUAACCUGCCUGUGCCCAGCCUGCAGACAGGUGGCCUCUGGUGGUUCCAGGAUCUUACAGUGUCUGAUCCAAUGUACAUCUUGCCACUGGUAGUCACUGCCACAAUGUGGGGUGUCCUUGAGCUAGGUGCUGAGACAGGUGUGCAAAGCUCUGACCUUCAGUUGAUGAGGAAUGUAAUCAGAGUGAUGCCCCUGGCAGUUUUGCCCAUAACCAUCCACUUCCCAUCGGCAGUGUUCAUGUACUGGCUCUCCUCCAAUGUAUUUUCCCUGUGCCAAGUGUCCUGCCUCCGGAUUCCAGCUGUACGCACCAUAUUUAAAAUCCCCCAGCGUGUUGUGCAUGAUCCAGACAAAUUACCUCCACAGGAAGGCUUCAUAAAGAGCUUCAGAAAAGGCUGGAAGAAUGCUGAAAUUGCACAUCAGCUUCAUGAACGUGAACGACGCAUGCGGAAUCACUUGGACCUAGCUGCCAGAGGUCCCUUAAAACAGACCUUUACCCACAACCCUGUGCUACAGCAUGGACAGCAUCACCCUCCCAACAUCCCCAACAGCAACAGUGACAGCAAAGCAAAGUCAAAGCAGCCUUGGCGUGAUACACUUGGCUGAUUUGGGUCUUCCAAACAGACAUGUUUAUGUCCUUGCCCUAGACCUAGAACUCUGGGACAUGGAGGUAUUUGUUUUAAAAAAUGGAUUCCACUAUAGACUCUUCUGCACGUGUGUAAAAGACUGGGAAGGAAACACCCAUUCCCUGAACAGUCAGUCAACCUCUGCACUACAUGCUGGUUCCCAGUGCUUAUUCAAUAGGGAAAGGCUUAUAUGCUUCAGAGUGAUGAACAGCUUAUGUCAUGAUUGCCUUGCUAGCCCCUGUUCUUGGCAGAUGUCAUAAUGUAACCUGGCAUUAAGAACUUAAACCUCUGAACUUAUGUUCCAUCUACAAUUAUACUGUAGUCAGAGGUAUGAUGAA